AAAAAAAGCAAAAGAAAAAAAAAAACCAAAACAUGGAAGGAAGGAAGGAAGGCGAAGGAGAGAGGAGAAGUGAUUCGAUCGAUUCUCUUUUCGUUUGAUCGAAGCUAAAACCAUCAACGAAUCCGACUACAUUUGUUUCGUAUGAGAUGAGAACCGGCGGCUUGUUUCUGAUGCACUCUUUGUCGUCUCCUUCCUCGGCGGCAUCGCUUAACCUGAAGGAAGGUACGAAUUGGUGGUGGGACGUGAACGAGUCUCCGGUCUGGCAAGACCGUAUCUUCCACCUCCUCGCUGUCUUAUACGCAGUCGUUUCCGUCAUUGCUGUGAUUCAAUUGGUAAGGAUACAGUUGAGGGUUCCGGAAUACGGAUGGACGACGCAGAAAGUCUUUCACUUUCUCAAUUUCCUCGUGAACGGAGUUCGAGCUCUAGUGUUUGUCUUCAGGCGUGAUGCACAGAACAUGCAGCCAGAGAUUCUACAACAUAUCUUGCUUGACAUUCCGAGUCUUGCUUUCUUUACAACGUAUGCGCUUCUCGUCCUCUUUUGGGCUGAGAUAUACUACCAGGCACGUGCUGUAUCAACUGAUGGACUGAGGCCAAGUUUCUUCACUACUAAUGCCCUUGUCUAUGUUGUUCAGAUUGUGCUUUGGUUGGUGUUGUGGUGGAAGCCUGUUCACGUUACGAUUAUCAUUUCCAAGAUGUUCUUUGCAGGUGUGUCAUUGUUCGCGGCCCUUGGAUUUUUAUUAUAUGGAGGAAGGCUUUUCCUAAUGCUGCAACGGUUUCCAGUAGAAUCGAAAGGGAGGCGCAAGAAGCUGCAAGAGGUCGGUUACGUGACAAGCAUCUGCUUUACCUGUUUCCUCAUCAGGUGCAUCAUGAUGUGCUUUAAUGCGUUCGAUGAUGCAGCAGAUCUUGAUGUCUUGGAUCACCCCAUCCUAAACUUCAUAUAUUACCUGUUGGUGGAGAUACUGCCUUCUUCGCUGGUCCUCUUUAUCCUAAGAAAGCUUCCACCAAAACGUGGUAUCACACAGUACCAUCCGAUUCAGUGAAACUGAGAGUGUAUCCCAUGGAGAUGGAUGCAAACAAUCAAAACACCUGAGGUAAUACAAUAAUAGAGAGAAACAUGUCAAACAGCCGAAAAUGGUGGAACGUUAAUCUCUUUUCUUUAAGCAGGAGUGUUAAGAUCGUGUAGGUAAAUCGUGGGGGGUUCUUGCUCCUCUUCAUAGAUAUAAUUGUACAUGUAAAGGAUUGAAGAAUGAUCAGUUGUGAUAUCUUCGUAAACUAAUUGAAUAUGGUUUAACUAGUAGUUAGAGUCUCUCUUGCUCUUAUUAACUAAUGGUCUCAGAAUGAUAAGAGUUCAUACCUUGCAAUGGUUUAAUU